AUGGUGGAGGAGGCCGAGUCCAAGGCGGGGUCGGCCGGCGGCCCGUGCACCGCGGGGUCGGCCGGCGAGGAGGUUCCGCCACCGCCUCCGGACCCCUACGGCCGACCGCCCGCCGCCGACCCCUACGGUCACCCCCCGCCCCCCUCCGCGUACGGCACGGGUGGGGGCUACGGCACCGGCGGCGGCGGCGGGUACGGCAACGUCGUCCAUGUCGGGCACGAGGGCGGUGACGAGAGGCGGCCGCACUACGGUGGUGGCGGCGGCGGGUACGGGGGUGGCGUGGCGGAGUACAGCCACGAGGGCCACCCGCACUACGGCGGUGGUGGCUGUUGGAGUGGCAGCGGGUACGGGGGUAGAGGGUCUGAGUACGGCCACCACGAGACCCGCCCGGACCACGCGCGGCGGGGGGUGCCGCCAGUGAGGCAGCAGACGUACAGGAUCUACUGCAAGGCUGGGGAGGACCAGUUCAGCCUCGCCACCCGCGACGGCAAGGUCUGCUUCGAUGGCAAGUUCCUGUUCAAUGGGAAAGGGAAAGGAGUGGAGUCCCCUUCGGACUUCAAUGAGUGUGUGUCCAAGGAUGAGUUUACGAAGCUUCUUGUUGACCAGCGCACCUACAUCGAUGGGAAGUUUGAUGACUUGAUGCGCAACAUUAAUAUUCUGAAGCGUCCCGAUGUCGACAAGCCUAAGGCUUCUGUUGCCCAGCUGCCAGCGACACCGUCUGCUACUACACAUGCUGCCGAGGUAAGCAAUUUGUCUCCUGUGCAGUCCCAAUUGCAGAAGAAAGCUAUAGCCCCUGGUGCGUCAUUGAACAACUCCAACAAAAUUGUGUGCCACCGCUGCAAGGGCAUUGGACAUGUCAUGAAGGACUACCCAAAUCGUCGUGCUUACAUAGCCACUGCUAAUGGAACAGGAUAUGUAAGUGCUAGUGAUGUUGAAGAUGAAUUGGUUUUUGCUACUAACAUUGUUGCAGCUGAAGUGUAA